AUGCGCCGGCCCUCCCCCACGACCAGACUCCACCAGAUCCCCAAUCCCCUCCCGAUCGACCAGCUAGAUCGACCCCGCCGCCGCCAAAACCUAGCUCGCCGGCCGGCGCGAGGCCGCCUUCCGCGCUCAGGCCACCUCCAGCGUAGCUCCCGCCCCUCGCCCCCACUUCUGCUCCUCCACCCCUCACUACCGCAGCUCCUCCACCCCUCACCACCGCAAGCCGCCACCGCCCCCAACCAUCCACCGCCGCCGCCGCUCCCAACCAACAAACCACCGCUGCCGCAGCUCCUCUACCCCUCACCACCGCAAGCCGCUGCGCCCCCAACCAUCCACCGCGGCCGCCGCUCGCAACCAUCCACCGCCACCGCCCCCAACCGACCAACCACCGCCGCCGCUGCCACCAACCAUCAAUCGCCCUCCACUGGACCACAAGCCGCUGCCAACCACUGUCGUCGUCGCCGCACUCCAGAGCUGAAACCCCGACUCACGCGUUUCCUCCCCGAGCAGGCUUCAUCACCGAGCACCAAGUCACGGGUCCGCCUCCUCCACAUGCCCCUGAAGCAACAGACUGCCGUUGGCCUCCUCUCCAGCGAGCAGGCACCUACUCCACAAGCCCCUGAAGCAGCAGACCUCACGUUGGCCCUCCUCUCCAGCGAGCAGCUCUGCCUGCUGAACAUCGACAUCGCUGCCUCUUGUACUUCAUUUGACUGUACUGUUAGACAGGCUUCUAAUUCUGCUAGCAUAGCAUUGAGGGGCUAUGUGCAAAAUAUCAAUGCUGCCAGCGGGCGUUUUAUUGUACUGUACUCAGUGGCGGAGCUACGAGCCAAUGGUUGGGCAGGCCAGCUAGAGCAGAGCACAUUAGUUAUUUGCACUCAUGACAUAUUUCUCUCUGAAUCCCAUUGGUCUGAAGCAAAACUGGGCUACAGAAAUCAGAUUCUUUUGAUUUCCCAAAGGUACACAAGUCGAUGAAGGUUUGGAAGAUUCUCAAGCUCCUGAAUAUUUGGAAGACUACAAUAGUGGGUGUAGUGACUAUGUAAUAUGCUUGUUUAAUUUGUGAAACCUGGACACUUGCUCCGCUCAUUUUGCUGGUUGUUAAGCCACUCUGCUCAUUUUGGUUGUCACACAUUUUAAAACAUAUAUGUACUCUACCUUUUAAGGUACAACCUCUUUAUAUAUAUAUAUUAUGGUCGUUAUGUUUAAUUUAUGGAA